AUGUCUACCUUUGGCCACUACUUCAAGGUCACCACUGCCGGUGAAUCUCACGGCAAGUCCGUCUCGUGCAUCAUCGAAAACUGCCCGCCCAACCUCGCCCUCACCGAAGCCGACAUCCAGCCCCAGCUCAACCGCCGCCGCCCCGGCCAGUCCUCCAUCACCACGCCCCGAAACGAAAAGGACCGCGUCACCAUCCACUCCGGCACCGAAGACGGCCUCACUCUCGGCACCCCGAUCCUCCUCACCGUCCCCAACGAGGAUCAGCGCCCCAAGGACUACGGCAACCAGACCAUCGACCUCUACCCCCGUCCCAGCCACGCCGACUGGACCUACCUCGAAAAGUACGGCAUCAAGGCCUCCUCCGGCGGCGGCCGCAGCAGUGCGCGCGAGACCAUUGCCCGUGUGGCCGCCGGCGCCGUCGCCGAGAAGUGGCUGCGCGAGGCCUACGGCGUCGAGAUUGUCGCCUUUGUCACCUCCGUCGGCACCAUCAAGCUCUUCGGCGACGCUGACGCCAUGAGCGCCGACCCCGGCUUCCUCAGCCUCGCCCAGUCCCUCACCCGCGCCGACGUCGACAAGUUCCUGCCCGUGCGAUGCCCCCACGAGGAGACCUCGCGCCGCAUGGAGGACCGCAUCGCCGAGCUCAAGGAGCAGGAGGACAGCACCGGAGGCACCGUCACCUGCGUCAUCCGCAACGCCCCGGCCGGCCUGGGCGAGCCGGCCUUUGACAAGCUCCAGGCCACCCUGGGCCACGCCAUGAUGUCCAUCCCCGCCGUCAAGGGCUUCGAGAUCGGCUCCGGCUUCCUGGGCUCCGAGAUGAACGGCUCCAAGCACAACGACCCCUUCACCCCGGCCCCCGAGCAGCUCGUAUCCGCCGCCGAAAGCAAGCUGGGCAUCCCCCGCUCGCGCCUCGUCACCAAGACCAACCACUCCGGCGGCAUCCAGGGCGGCAUCUCCAACGGCAUGCCCAUCUUCUUCCGCGUUGCCUUCAAGCCCCCGGCCACCAUUGGUCAGGACCAGACCACUGCCCUCUACGAUGCCUCGGGCGAGGGCGUGCUCGCUGCCAAGGGCCGUCACGACCCUUGCGUCGUGCCCCGAGCCGUGCCCAUUGUCGAGGCCAUGGCUGCCCUGGCCAUUGCCGAUGCCGUCAUGGCCCAGCACGCGAGACAGGUGUCUAUCCAGAUGCGCAAGAGCUCAUGA